UAUUCUCAAUAUCUAGGAAAGUAACUGACUCAGUUAAUGUUUGUAAAAGAGGGGAGGGUAGACGUAAGGAAGAGGUUAUUAUUUCUAGAAUGAGGAUUGGUCACACGUUGCUGAACAGCACUUUAUUUAUUUUAGGAAAACACCAGAGUGGCUUGUGUUCAUGUCAGGAACCUGAGACAGUGCAUCAUGUUUUGAUUUCUUGUAGAAAUUAUGACCGACAAAGACAAGAUCUACUCAGAGAAUUGCGAGAAAUUGGUUUGGAAGAAGUAUCUCUGAAAAGUAUUUUAGAAGUAGGGUCAAGCGGGAGGGGAAAACGUUGUUUGUUUUUUAAUAGUCACUGGGCUGUAUAACAGGAUAUAGUGCACUACGGUGCUAGUUCCAUAGAUGGCAGCAAUGCAACUUUUUGCAUGCCGGCUGCCGUAAAAUCCCAAAGAAGAAGAAGAAGAAGUUGUUGAAAAUAUGACAUAUGUUUUAACCAUACAUCCAUGGUUUUAAAGCUCAUAGGUCGGAUAUUGACUGUUUAACGAGGUUGCAGGGUGUCAUCAUGUGAAGAUGUCUUCAUUAGUGGCCUAUGAGGAUUCAGAAUCAGAGGAUGAUUAUCUUGAUCAAACGGAAGAGGGAGCAUCAGUUUCUGUCCAAGCUGGAAUUCGUGAACAAAACCAAGAAGUCAGGAUGUGUAAUUUCUCUGAGGUAAUGAGCCCUCACAGCUUCACUCCUGCCCAUGACAGGUCAGUUUUGGAAUAUCAUGGAGAUGUCUCAGAAAGAAGCAGUUCUUCACUACACCCACAUUCACAGCCACAGAGCUGUUCUGACUGGGAAAGAAAAUAUCGCAGUGACAGGGCAGCACAAGAAAAACAUUUUAGAGAUACUGCAGCUCCUCUGAGUUUACCUGCGAUUCAGGAGAAGAUCUCACUAUUGCAGACCAUACCUCCUAUACCACAAAGUUUUAGUGAUGGGUUGAACUCAGCAAAGAGACAUCACUCUGGUGUCAGACCGUACAUCCCCAAGAGACAGAGACUUGCCACUUUAGUAGAGACAGUGGACCCAAAGUACCCAGCAGAGCAAGUCCCAGGGAAUCAGACCAGGGAAAGCCAAAUUCUUUCCGACGUGUCGGCGAGAGUAAAGCCUCAUCUUGCCCACAAGCCCGGCGCUGCAGGGAUACCGAGGAGGCUUCUGAUGAACCUGGGAGGCCACCAGGGUCCAGUCAACACAGUGCAAUGGUGUCCUGUGCCUCAUCUCAGUCAUCUGCUGCUGUCUGCCUCCAUGGACAAGACUUUCAAGGAAAGAUGUUCCAUUCUUGAGGAAUCAUUGAAUGCAUCACCUGCAAAGGUGUGGGAUGGAGCAGAAAGCGGGAGAUGCCUGAGGGUUUACACCUGCCAUUCGGGAGCUGUGCGUGAUGCCUGUUGGACCCCCUGCGGGCGUCACCUUCUCACUGGCUCCUUUGACAACACGGCUGUGAUCACAGACGUAGAGACGGGGCAGCAGGUAGUGAAAUUGGACAACCAGUUCAAAGUUAUGUGUGUGGUCCUGCAUCCCAGCAACCCAGACGUAUUCCUGUGCGGAGGUUACAGUUCAGUGGUCAAGGCCUGGGACUCUCGCAGCUGCAAGGUGGUGAAAAUGUACAAAGCAGGGAUCCAGCAGACCCUGGACAUCCUGUUUCUGAAAGGUGGUGUGGACUUUAUAACGAGUUCUGACUGCGUGAGUAGAGACUCUGCCGACCGCACCCUUAUCGCCUGGGACUACCAGACCACAGCCAAGGUCUCCAACCAGAUCUACCAGGAGCGGUACACGUGUCCCAGCCUGGCUGUCCACCCACUGGAGGAGUCCUUUGUUGCCCAGACUAACGGGGACUACAUGGCGGUGUUCUCCUCCCAGCAGCCCUAUAGAAUGAACAAGAGGCGGCGAUACGAAGGACACAAGGUGGAGGGAUACGCAGUGCAGUGUGAGUUUUCUCUGGAUGGAACUAUCCUGGCCUCAGGAAGCUCCACCGGCUCCGCUCACUUCUACGAUUACCACAGCGUUCGUAUGCUGCACACUCUUCACGCCCACAGCCAGCCUUGCCUGUGUGUUUCUCAGCAUCCCGUCCUGCCUGCCACUGCGGCCACCUGCGACUGGGCUGGUGAGAUCAAGGUCUGGCACUAAGGCCUCUGAAUGAACAAUAUGGACUAAAAAAGGCCAAGAGAAGAUUAUACUUAACUGAAAAAUAAUGUGCACAUCCAUCUUCAAGACUGUAUCUCCCAUAAUCUCUUGGCAUAAGAUGAUAAGAACUUGGCAAAUAAUGCUGGAUGUCAGCAAAUCUGCUAUCUACUGAUGCCUUUGAAAAAAAUGUUUUGUGUGUAUCUUGUAAUGUUCUCACAUUAUUUUAAAAAAACACCCACAUCACUUCCAUUGAUAUUAACUUCUCUAUUGUGUAAAUGUUAUUGCAAGCAUGUUUUUCAUAUUUGGCCCAUCUUCAGGGAAAUCGGUGAAUGAUGCGCUGGAUUAGAUAAAACAGAGUGAACUAUUCUUAUGAGUUUUUAUUCUAAAGUGGUAGGUGGUGGAAAAGCAGUCUAUGUGCACACACACACACACACACACACACACACACACACACACACAAAACCUAAAUGCUUUUAUAGUCAGCUUUCCAUUCCAAAAACAGCAAGAGACUUCAUCAUCAUGUUCUUGUCAAAAAAGAAAAGUAAAAAAAAUCUCUUUGGGCAUUUUCUAAUCAGUAGUGUUUUUCAUUCCACAUUUUGCAUACGCAUCACUUUCCUCUAUGCCUUUUUGUUCUCAUUGCUCUGAUAUGACAUUUUAUUUUCACACUGACAGCAUAAAGCAUCACAUAGAGAGAACCAGAGAACUAAAGAAAAUACGCAGACAUCUGUCAAAACAUUGCCAGGUUCUUCCCAAAUCCUGCCCGUCAACAACAGAGCAGUGAGGUGCAGGCAAAUGCUGGUGAGUUUAUUCAGUAUCUAGCAGAGGAGUCCUUAAAAUACAACUUUGCUGUUUGGCGCCCAAGGAAAUUCCAAUGGAUCAGUACUUUUUCUAGCCCGUGGCGUUGUUUAUACUGUAUAUUAGUUUAACUGACAUUGUUAUUGUCUUAAAGGACCACCAAGCAAUUUGUGAAGCCAAAUGAUAAUUUGCACGUGCUAAAUGGGGAAAGCUACUGCUGUUUGUAGUCGUCUUUCUGUUUUUUUUUUGCUGGCUAGCAAGUCAGAUACUGAAGAUCAUUAAUGUUUAAACAAAUUAGAGAUAAUGAAACAAAAUGGCCUCUAAAUACCAAAGAAUAAAGUUCAAGACCAACAACGGCAGAAAACCACGGUGAACUUUGGAGGGCCUCUUUAGAAAAGACAUGUUUGAAGAUUGUGUUGCCUCGUUGAUGUUCAACGGGUAAGUAACUAAACUUUUAACUUGACACAUAAAUCUUCACCAUUAUGCUAAUAGAUGUCUGUUUAGUGUUUAAACUGUCACAUUGGGUGUUUAAGACAGUGGGGAAGAAUCUUUAGGUCACCAGAUUAAAAAAAAUUAAUAAAAAAUAAGUUGAAAUCAACAAAAUUCAACAGACACCUUUCCUAAGAAGAGUUGGGCAAUGGCAAAAGACCAGCAUAACAAAAUAAAAUAAAACAACCGAAAACCUGAACGAAACUCUUAGUGCCAGUCAGAACAUUUCCCCAUGAGAUAAAUAAACCUUAAUUGUGGCCUCACAAUGCUGAAUAAUGUAUAAAGAAUACAGAGGAGUGUCUACAAUCAGUUAAGGAAGUCAAUUUGAAUCGCGACAAAUGCAUCAAGAAGGUCGAAAACUAUCCGCACUGCAGAUCAAAACAUCUCUAGGAUCUUAAGGAUUUACAUUUCUUGAAAUAAGUAAUGUAAAACAACAAAGGUCAUGAUGUAUUUCCCAACACUCAUCUUUAUUAAGUAAAUAAACAUACAGCAAAAAUAUAUAACCAUGCAUCAGACGGACAAAUAUGUUGACAUUUAAACAGCUGGCCUGUUGUUCCUGGAACAAGGCUGGAGGUAGAACAGGACAGAACCGCUUCAGCCUCUUCAUUCAGGGUCAAAACAUUCGAUAAAUAUAACAUCAACUGAAACUGGAUAAAAAAUAGUCAAAGUGUAAUAACAAUUGUAUAUGUAGUAUCUAUAUUUCUUUUCAUACAUUAUGUCCGCAACAAAAAUACAAUAUAUCCUCUUACUCCCUCUGUACAUUGAUUACAUUUAAUUCCAAACCUUUUUAACCCUUUAGAUGUUUAUUGUACCAAAUAAGAAUAUGAUUGGAGACUUUGUGUGUCAUGUGUGCAAUUUCACUUUCAUAACAUGCCAAGGUCAAAAAGAAGAGUGAGUUUUUAAAUC